UCCUCCUCUCUCGCCUCUCCCCUCCCCGGGCCGGCUGCAGCGGAGCCGGGAGCCGCGGCUGCCCGGCAGGUGAGUGUCUGCAGGGCCUGUCCAUGGAUGCCAGCAAGAAGGUGGAUCUGAAAAUCAUCAUCAUCGGAGCUCUGGGCGUGGGCAAGACCUCCCUGCUGCACCAGUACGUGCACAAGACGUUCUACGAGGAUUACCGCACCACGCUGGGCGCCAGCAUCCUCACCAAGGUCCUCGCCGUGGACAGCACCCCCCUGAAGCUGCAGAUCUGGGACACAGGGGGACAGGAGCGAUUCCGGUCCAUGGUGUCGACCUUCUACAAAGGCUCAGACGGCUGCGUGCUGGCCUUCGACGUGACAGACAGGGAGUCCUUCGAGGCCCUGGACAACUGGAGAGAUGAUUUCCUGGAGAAGGUCAUUCCCAGGGAACAGGAUUUCCCCAUGGUGGUGCUGGGGAACAAGAUAGACCUCAGUGACCGGCAGGUGCCCAAGGAAACGGCCUCAGCCUGGUGCAAGGAGAAGGACAUCCCAUAUUUCGAGGUCAGUGCCAAGAACAACAUCAACGUGGCCGAGGCUUUCGAGACCCUCGCGAAGCAGGCGCUGAGCACGUAUAAAGGGAUUUUUGAGAGUUAUUUAACCGACUCCAUCAAGCUCACUCCCAACGACAAGCCCAAGCAGAGCUGCUGCUGACCCCGGGGCCGCUGCACCCCGCGAUGCCCACGGCUGAGCCCUGCCCGGGGUCCGUGCCCGCUGCCCGCAGGGACUGGCAGUGCCAGGGCACAGGACGGCCACUGCUGGACACACCAGGGCCGGCUGCCUGCCCACCCCGGGAUGUGCUGCUCUCCCGAGCCUCCCAAUCUGCUCAGUGUCACGGUGGUGGCCCUGUCCCCCCUCGAUCUGCGGCCGUGUGGCACCCGAGCGGGCGAUGUCCCUGCCGUGACGGUGCCAGGGGUGCGGGCAGGGCUCCCGGUGCCUCUCCAGAGACCUUGGCACCGCGGGUGACCCUUCCCCGUGCACAGCCUGGUGGCCCCGCGGCUCCCAGGGUGGCACGGGCUGCCCUGAGGGGACAGUUGGGGCUGGUGGCCUCGGCACAGGAGGUCACUAUUCCGUGCCUCAGUUUCCCCUCCUCUCAUGCAUAUCCCACAUCAAACACCUUCCCUCUCCCGCCUCACUGGGGAGGAUUCUCA